UGGGGAGCGACGGCGGCGCAGGCCGCCCCUGCCGGGGCGGUCCUCGGCCAGGCAGCGGCGCCGGUCAUGGCGGCAGCACUGGCGUCGCCGUCGGCGGAGGAGGUCGACGGCGUGCUGGCGGUGCUGCAGUCGGCGGACAACGUCGCGCGGCGGCAAGCGGAGGCGCAGCUGGACGCUUGGUCGCAGUCCCCGGGCUUCCUGGCCGUGCUCAUGCAGCGCGCGCACCGGGCGCCCGCACCCCCGAGCCGCCAACUCGCGGCGACGUUGCUGGCCUGGAGGAUCCCGAAGUUCUGGCCGGGACUCUGCGCCCCCGACCAGGAGGCCGCCCAGGCUUCCUUGCUGGAGUGCUUCUCCGCCUGCGGGGAGCCUCCCGUGCUGCGGGCGCUGGGCGAGGCGUGCAACGCUCUGUGCCAGUCGAUGGCCAUCCACCGCGACACGCUCUGGGAGGAUCUCCUCCGCCUGGUGGCGGGGCUGCUGGCCGGUGAGUCCGCCGCGCACCGCAGGGCAGCCCUGGAGUUGUUGGCGGCGCUGGUGGAGUCCAUCGGGGGCCCCGACGGGACAGCGCCAGGACUGAGAAGUUCGGAGCGCGAUCAGCUUCUGAGUCAGGCCCAGUUCCAGGAGAGCCGAACCCUUGACCUGCUGGAGUGGAUCGCGCACUCUCUGGCGCUGCACGCCCGAGACGCGGACGCGGAGGUGCGCGUGGCGGCGCUGUCCGCCAUUGGCACGGCCUCUGCCAGCUGGUGCUUCGGCGCGGCGCGGGCGGACCUGCACCACUGGCAGUGCGCCGCCGACGCCGCGCUGGAGGCGGCUACGCAGGCGCUCGCCGGGCCCAGCGGCGAUGGCGGUGGCGCGCGGGCGCUGGCGGCGGCGCUGCGCGCGCUGUGCAGCCUUGCGCCGGCGCUGGGCUCGCAGGCCCUCAGCACCGCCUGCGCGCAGCUGGCGGCUCGGGUCCUCGGCGACAGCGCGGGCGGCGCGCGUUGCGCCGAGGACUGCCGCGUGCAGGCCUUGCAGCUGUUGCGCGCCCUCGCUCGCCGGCGCGACCGCAGCCUGCUGGCGGACCAGGCCCUUGUCGCCGUGGUGCCUGCCGUCGCGCUCGCGUGACGACACGCCCAGCGUGGACGACCUCGACGAGGUGAGCGCCCCGGCGCAGGCCGCCCGGGAAUGCCUGCGGGCGCUGUCGCGCGCGGACGCGGCGCGGGUGGUGCCGGUGGCGUUGGAGGCGGCGCGCGCGGCCGCGCGGUCGUCCGACGCCA